GUCCCCUCCCCACACUAGUCCUAUAUAAAAAAUGAGCUCCCUUGAGAACUCCCAACCAGCACUUGCUCUGCUGCUACUAUCAGUACUAAUAAUAAGCUGCCCUAGACCCAAAACACUCAAAAUGGCGAAGUUAUGGAAAAUAUUCUUAUUUUAUCUAGUUUGCACUAGUGUUUUUUUAGCAGCAGCAGUUUAUGGAGUAGAAGAAGAAGAAACCGGUGAAGAAAAAAAGCGAGAAGCGGACAGAGUGAGCAACUUGCCUGGGCAACCGCCGGUGACUUUCAGGCACUACGCUGGCUAUGUUAGACUGAGACCCAAUGAUCAAAAGGCGUUGUUCUACUGGUUCUUUGAAGCCCAAGAUAAUGUCUCUCAGAAGCCUCUUGUUCUUUGGCUAAAUGGAGGACCUGGGUGCUCGUCUGUAGCAUUUGGUGCAGCACAAGAACUUGGCCCUUUUCUUGUUCGGAGAAAUGUAACUGAGCUUAUUCUUAACAAGUACUCUUGGAACAAAGCUGCAAAUCUGCUAUUCCUGGAGGCACCUGUGGGUGUGGGUUUUUCAUACACAAAUAAUUCACAAGAUUUGCGGAAGCUUGGCGAUCGAGUUACAGCAGAUGACUCGCAUGCCUUCUUGAUCAAUUGGUUUAAAAGGUUCCCAGAAUUCAAAUCUCAUGACUUUUUUAUGGCAGGGGAGAGCUAUGCUGGUCAUUACGUUCCACAGCUAGCUGAGCUCAUCUAUGAAAGAAACAAAGGAGCCACUAAAAACUCGUAUAUAAAUUUUAAGGGUUUCAUGAUUGGAAACGCAGUUAUUAAUGAUGAAACGGACUUAUCUGGAAUUCUGGAUUACGCAUGGAGUCAUGCAAUAAUCUCAGACAAGCUUUAUCACAGCGUAAAAGAAUGCUCUAAAUUGAAGGAAAGCUUCGCUGCUGCUGCUGCUGUAAACAAUUGCUCUGUCCAUUUUGGAGGGUUCAUGGAAGCCUAUUCCAAUAUUGAUAUGUAUAGCAUCUACACGCCAGUUUGCCUCGAUGAUGCUUCUCAGGCGUCUAAAAAAAUCUCGGCUGGCCCUCGUCAACUCACAAUGCACGACCUCUGGCGCAAGCUGCCAUCAGGAUAUGAUCCAUGUACUGAAGGUUAUGCCGUGAAUUUUUUCAACAGAGAAGAUGUUCAGAGGGCCCUGCAUGCCAAUGUCACCAAAAUGUCUUAUCCUUACACUCCAUGCAGCCAUGUCAUUGAGAAGUGGAAUGACUCGCCGGACACAGUCCUGCCAGUCCUUCAUAAACUCCUGAAGGCUGGAAUCCGUAUUUGGGUCUACAGGAGAAAAUUUGGUGACAUGGAAAAGCAAAAAAUAAAGCAUUGUUGCAAGAUCUAGCGCAGAAGCUGAAUACCGUGCAAUGGCAUCUACAGUUAGUGAACUCAUUUAGAUCAAGCAAGUCCUCAAAGACAUGAAAAUUGAAAGCAACGGGCCUAUGACGAUGCAUUGUGAUAACCAAGCUGCCCGCUACAUUGCUUCAAAUCCUGUGUUCCAUGAACGAACUAAGCAUAUUGAAGUUGACUGCCACUUCAUCAAGAAAAAAGUUCAAAAGGGAGAAAUUGAAACUCCUUAUAUCAAAAGUCAAGACCAACUAGCAGACAUCCUUACAAAGGCUCUUGACAAACAGAAUCAUCAUUCAAUUCUCAGCAAGAUGGGUUCAAUAAACUUAUAUGAACCCACCUUGAGGGGGAGUGUUGAAAGAAGAAAAGACAAGUCAGAAGGAGUGGUCUCAGAGGCUGCACAAGCCAGAUUGCUUGUGCAAACUGCUCAUCACAGACCAACAAGGAAAAAAAGAGCAACCUUUUUUGCAAAGCAGGGAAGGUCACUUCAACCUUUUUCACAUUGAGAAAUAUACGUUAAAAGGCAACCGUUAGAGUAGGAUCUUAACUUGUAUAUAUAACAAUCAAUAAUUUGUAAAGAAUUAGAAUUCCAUCAUAUAAUAAAAUCACAGCUUCAUAAAA